CUCCUCUUAGGCCUGACCAGCUGCCCAUGCCCGCGGUCCAGCUCAGAGUCAGAUGCUGGCGGCUGGAGGUAGCCACUCCUGGGCGGGGCCUAUCAGCUCCCUGCAGGGCCUGUGGAGGUGGGGCCCUAGGGCCUAUCUCGGCUAGUUUCCCCCUCUCUCCACCAAUCAGGAGCAACAGGGAUGGGGAGCUUACGUCACCUGGCCUGUGGUGUGCCCCAAGGUCAGCCUCAGGCUGGCGUGGCACAGCAGCAGCCCAGAGCAGCUGAGGUGUCCGAGGGCCCUUCAAGGGCCCAGAGCUGCCGUGCUCCCUCCCCCAACACCCCAACCCAGAGACUCCCGCCGUGCAGCACUGACCGGGGACCAAGGUCCAAUCACAGGGCUCUUGCAGCCUCCAGGUCAUGCCGCCAGCCCAGGAAGGGCCCGAUGGAACCCUGUGUCUGAGCACCUCACUCCCCUCCCCUGACACCCCAGCAUUCCUAAGGCCUGGCCCGGUUACCUGGGAGACAGGUCUGCUGGCCAAGCAAAGAUGGGGGGGGUCCGAGAGGGCUAGGCCUUGGCCAAGCCCUGCUGGGGUAAAUUGCCAGAGGUCCCAGGCUCCAUUUUCCCCUGGGGUUCAGCCUUGCCCAGCUCUGCCAACCCCUGAGGGCCCUUUGGCCCAGGCACUCAGGCCCUCCCCUCCCCUGGGCCCAGUCCCUCACAGCUUCUUGGACCUUCCGUCUGUCCCUACCCCCCAUGUGGGUCUCCUGCUCCCCUGUCAUGGGGACACUGGGCGGGCGUUGGGCCUUGCCCCAAGCUCCGCCUGCCUCCUCACCCACUCCCUAUGGCUGCCUGGGGAAGAACUGUGCCCAGAGCGGUGGGGCGGGGCGGGGUGGCACCAGCUCCUCCUUCAGCUUUUCUGUCCCUUUCAGUGGGGCCAGCAGGCUGCAGUGAAGACCAGGCCCUCUUACCUUGAGUCCCUGACCCAGGCCCCCCCUUCCCAGCCUGGCCCACUGAGCCUGGACCCAGCUUCCCUCAUCCCCCCUGCUGGACCCUGCUGCCUCCUGAGCCUCCUUCCUGCCUGGUCUGAGCAGGGUCAUGGCCUUGAAGGCAGGUGACCAGAGCCAGGCUGCCAUGAACAGGCUGAAGGAGAAGGUCUUGACGCUGGACACCAUGAACCCGUGUGUGCGGAGGGUGGAGUAUGCGGUACGAGGCCCCAUUGUGCUGCGUGCCCUGGAGCUGGAGCAGGAGCUGUGCCAGGGCAUAAAGAAGCCCUUCACUGAGGUCAUCCGUGCCAACAUCGGGGAUGCACAGGCCAUGGGGCAGAAGCCCAUCACCUUCCUGCGCCAGGUCCUGGCACUCUGCAUCCACCCCGAUCUCCUGAACAGCCCCGACUUCCCCGAGGAUGCCAAGAGAAGGGCAGAGCGCAUCUUGCAGGCGUGCGGGGGCCACAGCCUGGGGGCCUACAGCAUCAGCUCCGGCAUUCAGCUGAUCCGCGAGGAUGUGGCACGGUACAUCGAGCGGCGCGACGGAGGCAUUCCCGCGGACCCCAGCAACAUCUUCCUGUCCACAGGGGCCAGCGACGCCAUCGUGACAGUGCUGAAGUUGUUGGUGGCCGGCGAGGGUCGCACGCGCACGGGCGUGCUCAUCCCCAUCCCUCAGUACCCGCUGUACUCGGCCACGCUGGCCGAGCUCAACGCCGUGCAGGUGGACUACUACCUGGACGAGGAGCGCGCCUGGGCGCUCGACGUGUCCGAGCUGCGGCGCGCACUGCGCCAGGCGCGUGACCACUGCUACCCGCGCGCGCUCUGCGUUAUCAACCCUGGCAACCCCACUGGGCAGGUGCAGCCCCGCGAGUGCAUCGAGGCCGUGAUCCGCUUCGCCUUCGAAGAGCGGCUCUUCCUGAUGGCUGAUGAGGUGUACCAGGACAACGUGUACGCCGAGGGCUCGCAGUUCCACUCGUUCAAGAAGGUGCUCACGGAGCUGGGGCCGCCGUACGCGGCGCAGCAGGAGCUCGCCUCCUUCCAUUCGGUCUCCAAGGGCUACAUGGGCGAGUGCGGGUUCCGCGCCGGCUACGUGGAGGUGGUGAACAUGGACGCCGCGGUGCAGCAGCAGAUGCAGAAGCUGAUGAGCGUGCGGCUGUGCCCGCCUGUGCCAGGCCAGGCCCUGCUACACAUGGUGGUCAGCCCGCCCGCGCCCUCUGACCCCUCCUUCGCCCAGUUCCAGGCGGAGAGGCAGGCUGUGCUGGCCGAGCUGGCGGCCAAGGCCAAGCUCACGGAGCAAGUCUUCAACGAGGCUCCCGGCAUCCACUGCAACCCGGUGCAGGGCGCCAUGUACUCCUUCCCCCGCGUGCAGCUGCCACCGCGCGCGGUCCAGCGCGCUCAGGAGCUGGGCCUGGCUCCGGACAUGUUCUUUUGUUUGCGCCUUCUGGAGGAGACGGGCAUCUGCGUGGUGCCUGGGAGCGGCUUUGGGCAGCGGGAAGGCACCUACCACUUCCGGAUGACCAUUCUGCCCCCCAUGGAGAAGCUGCGGUCCCUGCUGGAGAAGCUGAGCCAGUUCCACGCCAAGUUCACCAGAGACUACUCCUGAGGACCCCUCUGGGGCCCAGGCCCGGCCAGGGUGGUGUGGCAGGGCCAACCCUAGACUGACCAUGGCCAGGACCCUGGGUGUCUCCUCCUGCAGCCUGUGGGGCUGGGCCCCUGCCUCUCUGUAGGCCCCUAAUAAAGCUGUGAGAUAGCCU